GAACCACUGAAUCUUCUGAGUCAUAAGACCCAGAUGACAGGACAGCUUGAACCUCAGCCUGGACGUGCUGCAGAACCCUUUUUGCUGUGGACCCCUCUCAAAGGGAUUUGUGGAACUGACUAUAUUUCCCACAGUUGCAAACUUGAAUAGAAUCAAGUUGAACAGCAAACAAUGUAGGAUAUAUCGAGUAAGGAUCAACGAUUUAGAGGCUGCUUUUAUUUAUAAUGAUCCAACCUUGGAGGUUUGUCACAAUGAAUCAAAACAAAAAUGCGACAACCACUCUGACCUUCAGCAACACCAGCCUGAUGAGUCAGCAGCCAUAACAUGGAGGGAAGAUCUUCCACCAGGAAAAAGAGUAUGACUUUCUGAAAGCUCAGUUGAUGGAGAAAUCUCAAUUAUUUUUCCAAUGCUUAUGCAGCUGCAGUUAGUGCUGUAGAUCCUGAUGCAGGAAAUGGAGAACUUUGCAUUAAGGUUCCAUCAGAGUUAUGGAAACAUGUUGAUGAAUUAAAGGUCCUAAAGAUACACAUCAACUUUUCUUUGGAUCAGCCAAAAGGAGGUCUUCAUUUUGUGGUACCCAGUGUAGAGGGAAGUAUGGCAGAGAGAGGUGCUCAUGUUUUCUCUUGUGGGUAUCAAAAUUCCACAAGAUUUUGGUUCCCAUGUGUUGAUUCAUAUUCUGAAUUAUGUACAUGGAAAUUGGAAUUUACAGUAGAUGCUGCAAUGGUGGCUGUUUCCAAUGGAGAUUUGGUGGAGACAGUGUAUACUCAUGAUAUGAGGAAGAAGACCUUCCAUUACAUGCUUACCAUCCCAACAGCUGCCUCAAAUAUCUCCUUGGCCAUUGGACCUUUUGAAAUACUUGUAGAUCCGUAUAUGCAUGAGGUUACUCAUUUUUGUUUACCUCAACUUCUUCCAUUGCUUAAACAUACCACGUCAUAUCUUCAUGAAGUUUUUGAAUUUUAUGAAGAAAUUCUUACAUGUCGAUACCCAUACUCCUGUUUUAAGACUGUAUUCAUUGAUGAGGCUUAUGUUGAAGUAGCUGCUUAUGCUUCUAUGAGCAUUUUUAGCACAAAUCUGUUGCACAGUGCAAUGAUUAUAGAUGAGACACCUUUGACUAGAAGGUGUUUAGCCCAGUCCUUGGCCCAGCAGUUUUUUGGAUGUUUCAUAUCCAGAAUGUCUUGGUCUGAUGAAUGGGUACUGAAGGGAAUUUCAGGCUAUAUUUAUGGACUUUGGAUGAAAAAAACUUUUGGUGUUAAUGAAUAUCGCCACUGGAUCAAAGAGGAACUAGACAAGAUAGUGGCAUAUGAACUAAAAACUGGUGGAGUUUUACUACACCCCAUAUUUGGUGGAGGAAAAGAGAAGGAUAAUCCAGCAUCCCAUCUACACUUUUCUAUCAAGCAUCCACAUACACUUUCCUGGGAAUACUACACUAUGUUUCAAUGUAAAGCUCACCUUGUAAUGAGAUUGAUUGAAAAUAGGAUCAGUAUGGAAUUUAUGCUACAAGUUUUCAAUAAACUGUUAAGUUUGGCUAGUACUGCUUCAUCUCAGAAGUUCCAGUCACAUAUGUGGAGUCAGAUGUUGGUUUCCACAUCUGGGUUUUUGAAAUCCAUCUCAAAUGUUUCUGGCAAAGACAUCCAGCCUUUAAUAAAGCAGUGGGUAGACCAGAGUGGAGUGGUAAAAUUUUAUGGAAGUUUUGCAUUUAAUAGAAAACGAAAUGUCUUGGAAUUGGAAAUAAAACAAGAUUAUACAUCUCCUGGAACUCAGAAAUAUGUGGGACCACUUAAAGUGACAGUGCAAGAAUUAGAUGGAUCCUUUAAUCAUACAUUGCAAAUUGAAGAAAACAGCCUUAAACAUGAUAUACCCUGCCAUUCCAAAAGCAGAAGGAAUAAGAAGAAAAAAAUUCCACUGAUGAAUGGAGAAGAAGUUGAUAUGGACCUUUCUGCAAUGGAUGCUGAUUCACCUUUGCUGUGGAUAAGGAUAGACCCAGAUAUGUCGGUACUGAGAAAAGUCGAAUUUGAACGAGCAGAUUUUAUGUGGCACUACCAGCUCCGCUAUGAGAGGGAUGUUGUUGCCCAACAGGAGUCCAUUUUGGCCUUGGAAAAGUUCCCUACUCCAGCAUCUCGCCUUGCACUCACUGACAUACUAGAACAGGAGCAGUGUUUCUACCGAGUGAGAAUGUCAGCUUGCUUCUGCCUUGCAAAGAUUGCAAAUUCAAUGGUGAACACAUGGACAGGACCACCAGCCAUGAAGUCACUCUUUACUAGAAUGUUUUGUUGUAAAACUUGUCCAAACAUUGUGAAAACAAACAAUUUUAUGAGUUUUCAAAGUUAUUUUCUACAGAAGACUAUGCCAGUUGCAAUGGCUUUAUUGAGAGAUGUUCACAACCUUUGUCCCAAAGAAGUCUUAACAUUUUUAUUAGACUUAAUCAAGUACAAUGACAACAGAAAGAACAAGUUUUCAGAUAACUAUUAUCGUGCAGAAAUGAUUGAUGCCCUUGCCAACUCUGUUACACCUGCUGUCAGUGUGAAUAAUAAAGUUCGAACUUUGGAUAACUUAAAUCCAGAUGUACAACUCAUUCUGGAAGAAAUCACUAGGUUUCUGAAUAUGGAAAAACUUCUUCCAAGUUACAGACACACCAUCACUGUCAGUUGUCUGAGAGCCAUACGAGUGCUUCAGAAGAAUGGACAUGUGCCAAGUGAUCCAGCUCUUUUUAAAUCUUAUGUAGAAUAUGGCCACUUCGUGGACAUUCGGAUAGCAGCUUUGGAAGCAGUUGUUGAUUACACUAAAGUGGACAGGAGUUAUGAAGAACUGCAAUGGCUACUUAAUAUGAUUCAGAAUGAUCCUGUACCUUAUGUAAGACAUAAGAUUCUAAACAUGUUGACUAAGAACCCACCAUUUACUAAGAACAUGGAUUCUCCCUUAUGCAAUGAAGCCUUGGUGGAUCAACUUUGGAAACUUAUGAAUUCUGGUACUUCACACGACUGGAGGUUACGGUGUGGUGCUGUGGACUUGUACUUCACGCUUUUUGGCCUCAGUAGACCUUCCUGCUUACCCUUGCCAGAGCUUGGGUUGGUUCUUAAUCUGAAGGAGAAAAAAGCUGUCUUGAAUCCGACCAUAAUUCCAGAGGCCACAGCAGGCAACCAAGAAGCUGUGCUUAAUCCAAGUGGUCACAUACAGCUAGUUGGAUUUCAGAAUCCUGAAGAUGAUCACCUUGCCAAGGAAGCAUCAUGUAAUAUAUCAGCUCAUCAGCAGGGAGUGAAGAGGAAGGCUGAUACACCACUGGGGUUCCCACUAGAACCUGGUCAAAUACUGGAGAAGAAUGAGGAUAGCAGUAAAGUCAAACUCAAAAUCAGAUUUUCAAAUUCUCAAGAUGAGGAGGAGAUUGAUAUGGAUACUGUUCAUGAUAGCCAGGCAUUCAUUUCCCAUCAUCUAAACAUGCUUGAAAGGCCAUCAACUCCAGGGCUCUCUAAAUAUCGGCCAUUAAGCUCCCGAUCUGCUUUAAUACCCCAGCACAUACCAGGCUGUGACGGGGCACCUACCACAAAACCCCAGUGGAGUAUGGAACUUGCACGGAAGGGAACAGGAAUUCAUUUGGGUGUUUUUAAUCUUGAAGGUAAAGAACCAUCAUCUUUGGAGAUGAGUAUGCAUCCAGUUGCAACAGCUCCACUGUCAGUGUUUACUAAGGAAUCUACGUCCUCCAAACACAGUGACCACCAUCACCACCAUCACCAUGAGCACAAGAAGAAGAAGAAGAAGCACAAACAUAAGCAUAAACACAAGCAUAAGCAUGAUAGUAAGGAAAAGGACAAGGAACCUUUCGCUUUCUCCAGCCCUGCCAGUGGCAGAUCUGUUUGUUCUCCUUCCCUUUCAGACUGAGAAGGGGCAGAGACCUUUCCCUCAGUGUCCAGAAAAUACAUAAGUAUAUAUAUAGAACUAAGCUUUGUCCUCUGUAAAGAACAAAAGGAAACAAAAACAUAGUUAGCCAUUUCAUAAAUUUCAGAAUCCAUAUAAGUUCUAAACAUUUGAUUCACAGUAUUUAUACAAUUGAGAUCUAAUUAGGAAAAUGUGUUUUAUAGUUCUGAAUAAACCAGUUCAUCCUGUUUUCUCCUUAAACACAAACACACGCCCAAAUAUCUUUCUAUAAACGUCCUCAUACCCACUGGCAGUCCCCAUUCACAUCAUGGUCUCCAUGUGUACUGCCAAAGCCAAUUAGGCUUUAAAGUCUUUGGAUGGCAUGGGGCAAAGUUAUGUUUUAAAAAGAAGCUAUUGCCAAAUCUGUGGUGAAACCACUAUUUCCAGUGAAAACUGUAUAAUACCAUUUGGAACUACUGAAAAAGGCUUUUCUAUGGGAAUGUUCACUAUUACAUGGGUUUUUUUGGGUGUUAACCAUAGAGGCUAAAAAUCAGAAUUUAUGAUGAAUACAUUAUAUUCAUUUACUCUGAAGUACUGAACUUUAAAGAAGGAGCUCUUAAAAAAAUUUGAGUAACUGUUUGAUACUGCAUUCAGCAAUUAGAGUGCUGGAACUUAACAGAACUCUCAAAUCCAUAACUGUUCUCAAUUCAGGAUGUUUAAAUUACCAGUUCUUUUUCUCACUCGGUAUGAAUGAAUAUGUUCAUAUUCAGAACAUGUUUGCUAAAUAUGGACAAUUUAUAUACUCAGCACAAUCUAAAAAUUAUUACUGUCUAAAACAAAGUUGGUACCUUAAAAAGGUGGUUAUAUACUGUUUAUUAGGUUGCACAUAGGCAGUUCAGCCCUCAUGUGAGUAAAGCAGAAGCAUUUCAAAAGAAUGAAACAUUUUGGUUUCAUACUUCAGUAGUUUGUAUGUUUGUCCUUUUAUUUUUAUUUCUGAAUUUACCCUGUACUUUAUUGUUUGUUUAAAAAUGUUUUUCUCACUCACUCAUUUUUAUCAUUUCCCUUAUCAUUAGAAAAUUUAACAAAAUACUUCUUCCCAGAAUAGAUAUUUCAAAGGGAUCCAAUAAUGUUGGACUUUUAAAUAUACUACUUUUAGUUGUGUUUAAGUUGUUUAAUAAAUAACUUUUUAAAUUAUCA